AGCGACCUCACAGGAGUAACCGGGUCUUAACUUUUUGCGCUUGUUUCGCUGUAAUUUUUCUCCAUUCACCUCCCCAUCCCCGCCACACUUUUUUUAUUGGGGGAUCUUUUGUUUUCCGGAUCCGCCUCUCCCUCUGGCCCCUCCAUGGCUCCGUUAGCUGAAGUCGGGGGCUUCCUGGGUGGCCUGGAGGGCUUGGGCCAGCAGGUGGGCUCGCACUUCCUGCUGCCUCCUGCCGGGGAGCGGCCACCGCUGCUGGGCGAGCGCCUAGGCGCCGCGGAGAGGGGCACCCGCGGCGGGCCCGGGGCUGCGGAGCUGGCGCACCUGCACGGCAUCCUGCGCCGCCGGCAGCUCUACUGCCGCACCGGCUUCCACCUGCAGAUCCUGCCGGACGGCAGCGUGCAAGGCACCCGGCAGGACCACAGUCUCUUCGGUAUCCUGGAAUUCAUCAGUGUGGCAGUGGGACUGGUCAGUAUUAGAGGUGUGGACAGUGGUCUUUACCUUGGAAUGAAUGACAAAGGAGAACUCUAUGGAUCAGAGAAACUGACUUCUGAAUGCAUCUUUAGGGAGCAAUUUGAAGAGAACUGGUAUAAUACUUAUUCAUCCAACAUAUAUAAACAUGGAGACACAGGCCGCAGGUAUUUUGUGGCACUUAACAAAGAUGGAACUCCAAGAGAUGGUGCUAAGUCUAAAAGACAUCAGAAAUUUACACAUUUUCUGCCUAGACCAGUGGAUCCAGAAAGAGUUCCUGAAUUGUAUAAGGACAUACUGAUAUACAGUUGAAGUGUGAUAGUGUCUUUACCGAAGAACCAAAAUACAAUUAUUCUUUCUUAUUACAGUUCUCAUCGUAAAAUAACAACCCAGGAAACUAUUCAGAACAUUAUGAAGUUAAUUUUCCAAUAGGAAACUGGAUUUGGAAAGAAUAUUGAAAACAAAGAAACAAAAAUAUUUGACUUCAUCUAGAUCAAGAUCUCUCUUUAUAAGUGGAUAAGUUCCCUUAGGUAUACUUAGGUAUACUAGCUCAGUCCUUGCUAGUAG